UGACACAGAGGAAGAUGCUUCCUCUCCAUCUCUAACCACUGAGCGUGAAGACAUUGAACUCAGAUCUGUGAUAUAAUUAGUUUGAAAUCUUCAGCGACACAAUGUCAUCCAAUGUCUCUGCACCGGUCGAAAUCCUCAGCCUUUCCAAGGAUGAGAAGGGGACGACAGUGGACAUCGAUGCCGUCAUGGACAAUGUCACCAGAGUUCUCUACACGCUGACUGUGGUGCUCGGCAUCACCGGGAACUCUAUAGUGAUCUGGGUGACAGGAUUCAAGCUCAAGCCGAAGGUCACCAACGUGUGGCUAGUGAAUCUGGCGAUCGCAGACCUGAUCUUCUGCUUCACGCGUGCCUUCUCCCUCGUCAAGAAGUUCCUCGGCCACUGGCCCUUUGGUUUAUUCCUCUGCAAGUUCAACGGCUUCUUCAAAUACGCCAACAUGUUCUGCUCCGUCUUUCUCCUCGCUGUGAUCAGUGUGGACCGAGUGCUCUGCGUUUGGCAGCCCGUCUUCACCAAGCGACGGCGCACCCUGUUGGCCGCGAGGGUGGUGGCAGUCUGCGUCUGGACAGUGGCGAUUGCCUUCAGCACUCCUUAUUUCGUCUACCGCAAAGUUUACCUUAACGACAAAAACAUUACUAAGUGUUCUGUGGAGGUGAAGACGCAGACAGCCGGCAGCGAGAGCAUGGAACUGGCUCUUUAUUCCAUCCGAUUCUUAUGUGGCUUCAUGCUGCCGUUCGUGGUCAUCCUCAUCUGUUACAUCCUUGCCGCACUUGGCAUCCGGCGCACGCGCCUGUCCCGGAAAUCUCGCCCUCUGCGUAUAUUAGCCGUGUUGGUCAUUGCCUUCUUUCUGUGCUGGGCACCGUACCACUGCCUCCUGCUGGUGAAGAGGGUGGACAGUAAGAACAAGGUGGUGAAGAUAUGGCAGCCAGUGGCAAAGAGCGUUGCCUACUUUAACAGCUGCGUGAACCCACUGUUGUACUUCUGCAUGGGUCUGGACAUGAGGGGGGAGUUCAGGCAGACGUUACUGAGUGUGUACACCCGAGCGCUGGUAGACGAUGUAGAACGACAGGCAACGCAGUCCAACGACCGCUCUCUGGAAGACAGUAGUGGGUCCAAACCAGCCUCGGUUGUGGUGACAGGAAAGAGCCACACAUCAGCUAAAGUGUGAGUGUUAAGGUGUUUGAAUUUUGUAAACUGCUCACUCUCCCACACCAAAGUCCAUAGAGAAAAUCAGUGGUUUUAGCUCAUGGGGUUGCAUGAGCUGCAGUUUGUGUCACUGAGAUAAACGUGAACAAAGGAUUUCAAACACCUAAGUCAGAAAAUAACACAUUUGAACUUACUGAUGGAAGUAGCAGUGGAUCAACAACUCCUGUGUGCUUUGAUAUAAAAUCACGGAUUUUCUCUAUGGGGUUUGGUGUGGGAGAGUGAGCGGUUUACAAACCUCCGUUUCCAGCCAAGAAAUGCUGAUUAAAGGGGUUAAAUAGAAGAAAUGUAUUAUAUUAAAUUUUAAAAUGACCAUCAUGUGUCAUCAGAGAUUAGGCACAUAUGUUAUAUUCACCAUUUCAUUUUUCUUUUGCGGGCCAGACGCUGCGUUUAUGUUAAGGUCACAGCUCGUAGCAUUUUAGCACAGUUGUGGCUCAGGAUGGACGCAACAUUAUUUUGGAAAAAGAUAGAAAAUAACAUUUCCUAAACCACAAACCAUGUGACGGGAAAUAAUAAAAAAGCUAUCACAUGUUCUCAUGUUUUAAACCUCAGUACAUAGACUUUAUAAGCUCUUUCACCUGAGCAGACUGAGGUGAGCAAUUUUUGAAAUAUAAAGUCACAUCUUCCCUCUGUAAUUAUAGCUUCAAUGCCAGCUUUAGGUUCAUACAUAUAUCAAUUAAAUGCUCAACUAUAGUUCUUAAUGUUGACUUUGUUUCACCGUCUUUAUGUCUUUCGUAAAAAGCAAUUAACAUUCCACUGAGAGCUCCUACUAUACACACUGUCAUGCAUUGCACACAAACUAUGAUUUUCUUUUGUCUUCUGUCUUUUUCCAUGAUAGCACUUACACUGUGAAGUCUGUGAGAGAAUGUGGACAGACAAGUGAUAGACUUUUGGUCCUGUAGAUAUUUUUAAUCCGGAUGUCACGACAUAGUGGCAACAGCCUCAGCAGCUAUGUUUACAUGGACACAAGGAAACAGAAUAAAAGCCUGAUCAGAUGUAAAUAUGGCAAUCUGAAAACUCUGAUCUGAUUCAGCACAUUCAGAAACAAAUAUUCCGAACGAGAGGGCUGGUUUAUGCCGAUCGUGUUCAUAUAAGCAGUCGAUCUGAUCAGGACCUUUGGUGCUAUCUCGUGUCUGAUCCACAUAAAUGUGUUUCCGUUUUGUUUCGCCUGUAUUCCCAUCCCAAAAUGAGACAGAUAGUGGACAUUUUGAUGCAUGUGUGCACACACCAAAAACUGAUCAUUUCAUUUUCAUUUUUCCUUUAUGUAAAGGAUGGAAGUGUUAAUUCCAAAAGGAACAAAUUGUUUUUGGACUGAAGACAUUUUGCACAUAGCUAAUGCAAUCAUGUAGGGCAACUGUGACAACAACAAUAAGAAUAAGAAUAAUAAUGAUAAUAAUAAAUGUAAUUUAUAUAGCACUUUACAAAAAAGAAGCCCAACAGUUCAGACUCAAAGAUGUGCAGCAUCUGCCUCGGCCGGUUGUGGUGAAAGGAAAAUAGGUGAUGAAGGAGAAGUGGGGACAGGAAGGGAGAGAAAAAAGAGAGAAGAAAUAACAAGGAGAGAUGAGAGAUGAGAGAUGACAAAUCAACAUUUCAACUGUCCAACAAGUAUGUUAAAAUAAAGCCAACAAGAGAGAGGGGAACAUGAACCUAAAGCAAAAUAACAAAAACAAAACACAAACAAGAACAAAACAAUACAACAAUAAAAAGGCAACCGAGAAGAGAAGUUAAAAAUGGCAAUAACAUCUCAAAAUGUAAUAAAACCUAUCAUGUCUUUUAUUGUAAAUGAAUAUUAUAUUAAUGUGGAAUGUUAUAAACUGGAAGGCUUCGGGUCAAAAUCACUGGAUCUGAUAAACAGUUAAAAAUAUAAAAUGUGAUACAAUCCAAAAAUCCUUCAUGCUUCUUGAUUGUAAAAAUGUAAAUACAACAUAAAAUAAAAAUACAGCAGCAUUUUAGCUGAGUCAUGUUUGGAUAAGAAGAAUAUGUGUUACACAGUUGGAGAAUGCAAUAUAAACAAGACAAGUUGCAAAUAAUGUACCAGUAUUAUUGGGUUAAAGAUAAAAAAGUUUUGUGAUGAAACUAUAUGUAAUAUAAUGUAAUUGUCUUUUGUAAUAAAUGAUAAGUGUCCUUGCUUGACUCUAUGAAAGGAAGCAGCCUGUUAUUCACCCACACAUUCUCUGAAUACAUGUGGAAUUCUGUGCUUUUGUGUAUUUGUAAGUAAACAUGUUGUGUCAGAAUUUACUGUGAAUUUUCUCUGUCAAGAAUACAGUAUGUAUAUGUUUAUACUGUAUCAGUGUUCAUUUUGAUUUAGUUUGAGUUCUAGUCU